CCUACUCGUCCUCGACAAACUACCCGAGGCCCCAUUCUCCGAUACGCCACCAGAUCCCACCUCUCUCCGAAGAACAAUGGCCGCGAAGAAGGAAAAGCCGAUUCACUCGCUCAUAGCUGGGACGACUGCCGGGGCUAUUGAAGCAUUCGUAACCUACCCUACCGAGUUCGUGAAGACUCGCUCACAAUUCGGAGGCCAGAGAGAAGCACCCCUAACAAUUAUCCGCUCAACUCUUCGGGAGAAAGGAUUUGCUGGCCUGUACUCUGGAUGUUCUGCGCUCGUCGUCGGAAACUCGGUCAAGGCUGGCGUACGAUUCGUCGCGUAUGAUCAUUUCAAAGGGCUGCUUGCUGACGAAGGGGGCAAAGUGUCCGCACCACGGAGUCUUGUAGCAGGAUUAGGAGCUGGAAUGGUGGAAGCUAUCCUCGCUGUGACGCCUUCGGAGACUAUCAAGACCAAACUCAUUGACGAUGCGAAGCGUCCUAAUCCACAAUAUCGAGGAUUAGUACACGGAACAGCCUCGAUCAUUCGUCAAGAAGGUAUCUUCGGAAUCUAUCGAGGCCUCUUCCCUGUCAUGAUGCGGCAGGGUGCAAACUCGGCUGUCCGGUUCACCACCUAUUCCACCCUCAAGCAACUCGUAAUGGGAAGCGCACGCCCUGGUCAACAACUUCCUAGCGGUAUUACAUUUGGGAUUGGUGCGGUCGCUGGACUGGUUACUGUCUAUACGACGCAACCUUUGGACGUCAUCAAAACUCGGAUGCAGUCGCUUUCAGCUCGGCAGCAAUACCGCAAUUCGUUCCACUGUGCAUAUCGGAUUCUUACGGAGGAGGGAAUAUUGCGGUUCUGGACGGGGACGACCCCAAGGUUGGCGAGAUUAAUCAUGAGCGGAGGGAUAGUUUUCACUGUAUACGAGAACAUAAUAGCGGUUAUCGGGGACCGUGGCUCGUAGUGAUCUGGAUCGUCUGUCCAGCGCUUGAUCCACAGGCUAGCUAUCGUAAUCGCUACCCUCGCACAUUGGCAAUGGGAAGAUUUCUCUAGUCUUCUCCGAAGAUACAUGGAAAUGGACUUUGUCUGAGAUAGUGGUGACUCAUCGCGGAUCGAGCUGAGUAUACCUUGUUCUUCCGUCGCGAGGGUCGUUCAAAAAUUGCUUUGUGAACCUUCGCGGUUAUUGUUCUUCCUUUUCAUGCCUACAGCAUCCUUUCAAACUAACGAUGGCUUCGAUCUACGUCCAAUCACCCUUCACCUCAUGGUGCAAAACUCAUAGCCUUGAUCCUUGCUUCCGAAACGGGGGAAAACGUGUUCACCACCCUUCGGGUAUCACUACAGCAAUUCCAUCCUUGGAUACAUUCUUUGAGAGCUAUCUGUCAAACCUCAUCCAUUGUUGGCUCUUCGUGGGCGCCACCAGCGCUCCGUCAGUCUAGCCCACAACCCAUAUCAAAGUAACGGCCGUCUACACAGGAUCUUCCUCCGUCGUAUAACUUCUCUGUGUUCACCCCCUUUUCGACCCUCUCACGUCUCUCCGUGCAACCACCAUGGCCAGCCAUGGGGACGUCGGCCUUGAAGGCCUCCAGUACAUUAUCA